AUGAAGGAUAGCAUCACCAACCCGCCGGAGAAGGACCCGAAUUCGAUCAUGACUGUAGCUGACCAAGGUCAGGGAGGUCUCGAGGAAAAAACCCGAUCAAAUUUGACCACUCAGUCGUCGAUUGCUCUGACAAAGGAUAACCCUGCCAUCACGACUCCCAAGCGCAGCAGCAAGCGAACCCCUUCACCAACCGCCGAGGAUGGUGUAAUGAAAGGUCGCUCGCUCUUCCCUUCCGAAGUGGCCCAAGGUCAGGAUGGCCCCACAGCCAAAGCUCGAUCGGACUCAACCACUCCUUUGUCGAUCAAUCUCACCAAGCAUAAUCCCAAUCGCACGACCACCAAGAGCCAACGCAAGCAACCCCCUCCUUCCAAAACCGCGGAGGGAUGGCGCAGUGCAAGGACGGCCGCUCGUUGCCUACACCAAGAAACUCAAGGUGUCAAAGUUUCACCGGCUCUACAAGAAGGCUUGGAGGCAGGAGGUUUUUGGGAAUCACGCAUUCAUCACCUGGUCCUCUCGCACCGAGGAUCACUCUGGUCGGGCAAUAUCCAAAUGCCCUGGAUGGUGUCCCAGCUUCGGUUCAGCAUGCAGAAUCUGUUUUCACUUGGAGACCUUGAAAACGCAGACGACGACAAAGGUUCCUGGUCUCUUUGCGAGUACUUUCUUUGUCUCGCCACACAGUGCCCCACGGUUGUGUUUGAUGUGGCAACGGCCCAACGCGUUAUCAAAACUGACAAAAAGUCGCCUCGCUUUUGGGAAUUCUCGCUCGUGUUCAACCCAACAUUAAUUGUUCAACGCGCCGAGCCGUUGAUGUGGAUGUGGCUAGCGGCAGCCAAAUUCUUUGCCCAUCCUUGGACUGGCCCUGCGAUCAUUCCUCCCAUUGUGGAGGAAUUUGAGCGACUAGAACGAGAGUCAAAAAUAGCCAAAGCUCAGUCCAAGUCUAAGAAGCGCCCUGCAUCUACUCCAGAGGACCCAAAAGGAGCGAAGGCCCACGAUUCGCGCCCGCCUCCCUACGCAAGCCCAGUUGUGCUCCCUUCUAAGCACCGACCCAUUACACCCGAGAUUGGCAGGCGGCGAAAGACGAAUUGGUCCUUGGCAAACAGUGCCCACAGCUUCAGUCCUUGA